GACAUGCAUGCAUGCAUGUGCGCUACUAAAAAAGAUCACGACAUGAGACCUAAAAAUAGGGUUUAGAGAAUGUGCAAGCCACUUGAUCUAGAGCAUUGCAUGCAUGGCUCUGGGAGAGUAGAUACAUGUAUUACGUAAUUAUUGUGAAGAUUGUGAGCAGGUAUAUUUCGAGGGUAUAAGCUUUUGCGGAAUGACCGGUUUUCGCGGAUUUAAUGUCCGUGGAAUAGCAGUCUUUUGCAACAUGCAUGCAUGCAAUAUUAAAUUUGUGGGCAUAUAUAAAUGUUUGCUUAAUCAGCGAGAACAAUUAUACCCUUGAUUAGUCUUAUGUUCUAUAAUUUGUCUAUAAUUAUGCGAAAACAGGAAGUGUAUUAAUAUGAAUAUAAAGGAAGUAAACAAUUGCAAAGGAGGUUGUCUAGUCAGCAUCACAUUAACCUUCUGACUGUCAAUAGAGAUGACACUAAUAGAGAUAAUAAAGCUCAUUAGAGUUCUUCUGAUUUGCUUUCUGGCUGGCUUCAGCACUGGUAAGACUGACUAUUCAAUUAUUGAUUUCCUUGCAUUGACACUGCAUGUUUCAUAAAGCCCAAUAUUCAGUGAGUGUGGAGAGACCAUGUCCAAUGGAAACAGUCACUUUUACCUGCACUGCUAUUGGAGAUUCCUUGAUAUGGGACCUGCCUGGAAAUCGUAUCACUGUCCUCACCACCUCUGAUCCACUAGUAAUGCAGUCAGGCUACACUGUGACACUGAUUGCAUUUGAUAACGAUACAUUAACUUCUACUCUAUCAAGAACAGCAGAGAAUGGGAUCACUGUGUCAUGCUUGGAGAUUGUGUCUACUCUAACCACUAUAGGAUCUUCAACAAUCCGUUUGGUUGAUCCACCAGGACCACCUUCUGCUGUAAGACAUUUUAUUUUGAGCAGCUCAGCCAAUAAAGUCAGUGUAUCUGUACAGUGGAACCCUACUACUGAGACUGGUGGUAGAGAUGACCCCACUUACACAGUGACCAUCUCACCUCCGGCCCAGCUCUCUGCUACUGUCUUCACAUCCAUCUCUGUCACUGUGACUGCUCAAUACAAUGUGGACUACACUGUCAGUGUUGUGGCUACCAAUUGUGCUGGGAACAGUACAACUGCUGAGUACAACUUUAGGAUUGGUAACUGUCCUGUGUUGACCAACCCUAUUAAUGGAGCCUUUGGACCAGUCUCCAACAGAUUAUCAGGAUCCACAGUAACCAUCCAGUGUGACGCUGGAUAUGUGUCUGCUGUUACGAUGGUGACAUGUGAGGGUACACUAAUGUGGAGUCCAGACCCUGAGGCUAUUGAGUGUACAUUACUAACCACAUCUACUCCCACAACUCCUCCUCCAAUAAACUGCACAGCUUCACUAUCCUCACCAAGGAAUGGCAUUAUCAGUGAUCAUUCAGUACCAGCUAUUCCCGGCACACAAGUUACCCUCCAUUGUGACGAUGAACUGUUCCCUGAGGGAAUAAUGACUGCUACCUGUCUAGCUACAGGAAAGUGGGACGAGGAGAUCGUCUGCAGAGCUGCUCCUUGUAAUUGUGCCAGCCUAUCUGAUGGGAGUCGAUUUGAUUCAGCUGUCUCCAUCAGCGUGGUUGUCACGACAGUUGCGUUCACAAUUAUUGGAUUGUUGAUAGGACUCUUGAUCAUGUAUUUGCUCAUGCGUAAGAAGGCAGUGUACUCCCCGGCAGCUAAAGGACAAGCUAAUUAUAAUGUAGGACCCACUGUACCAGCUGGUCCUGUUUAUGAGGAGGUGUCACCUAAAGAGGAGAUUGAACUGAAUACUAACCAGGCGUAUGGACCAGUAGGACUGUGAAACUUCUGUUAAUGUGCAUGCUCGUGAACAAUUUUAACAACUGUAAACAGCAACAUCUGUUCAUUAAAAGCCAUUACAUCUUUUGUACUAAAAAAGAAGCUAUAUUGAACGAGUGGUGUAAGCUGCGCUGUGCUAAUGCCUCUCGCCAUGUUUAGCUUCGCUCAAAAACUAGAGUGUUAUAU